GUGAGCGAUUGGAGAGUUGUGCGUCACUACUCUCUCCGCUCUCUCCGGCAAUGGAGACUUACUGCCGGACGGAGCAAUCGUUUCCGUGGCGUAAAAUGGGCGGCGAUGAGUUGGCAAUCGCCAGUCGAUAGCAAAACAUGAGAGAGUGCUCAUCGCGCAGCAAUACGCGUCUACUUAGUGUGGUAAUCGUAAUCGAUCAACGUCUCAGAAUCGACACUUGUCGAUAUUUAAUCGAGAUCCUAUCUCGCCGCAUUACGGGCGAUUAACGAUAGUUGGUUAGACCUCUUCCCACAUCUAUGGAGUUUCAUCUAGACAGUGCAGAAUACUGCCAGGCACAGCACAAAUAAAAA